AUGGCCCAGUCUCCCUCAGCAACUGGUUCAACAGAUGUGCCAAUUUCACCGCCUCCCCAGGCCAACGGAGUCUCCCAUGCGCCGUCUGUGGCCUCUUCUACGGCUCAAUCCGUGACCCCGAAUGGCCAUGAAUUCGGAAACCAAAGCGAAGGCGCCGAAUCGACGGCCAGAAGUUCGGUGCCGAGCAACCAUGGGGCUGGCUUCGUCAACUCCAACCACGAAGAUGACCAUGAGAUGGACUUUAAGAGCGGGUAUAAUGCCGUAUCGAAGGAGGAACCAAAGGAAUUUGUGAACACACACGCGGAUGCGAAGCAGAUGCCCGGUAUCCCUGAAAUAUUGGAGAUGCUGGCUACUAUGGAACGGAAGUUUCAACAGAUGGAAGCCAGGAUGGACCAGCUAGUCCCACCACCCGUUGAUGAGCCGCCGUCGAUUUCGCAGAUCCCUCGUUAUGUCCACAACCCGGAGAUUAUUGAUCGUAGCAUCAAUGCUGAGGUGCCCGUCGAGGACACAAUCACUGCUUUCCGCUCCCGAGCGAGUCUGGUGGCUCGCGCCAAAGUCCUGCAUAUGGCGAAGAAAUUUCCAGACUGGAAAGAUCGCGUCUUCGAGCAGGCGAAAGCGGCAACCUGUCUGCCGAUACUGGAGGAUGGACAGGAGGUUUGCCCUCCCGAUUCGCAAGUUCAUCCAAAAUUGUGGGAAGUUCAAAACGAAUGGCUCUACGAUUUUAUGUACGAGUCUAUCGGCCCACAGUUCAAGGAUGAAAUUUUCGAGCCGCCAAACCGAUCAGCAUACCUUCUCUGGAGGCAGAUAGAAUCAUAUUGUAGCUUAGUGAAUGAAGAUGACCGGCGAUAUCUCAUUCAGAAGCUCAUGACCAUCAAUGCCAAGAACGAUUUUGACUACAUUUCAACGUUCUACAGGUACUACUCCAAGAUAAGGAAGCUGGGCUUUAUUAUACCGGAUUGGAUGGCUCAAGACUUGCUUUACCUGCGAGUCUCCGAGAGGGCAAGGGAGAUGAUCCAAAACGAGAUCGAUGCUGCCCGCAAUGCAAAAGAUGGGCCGUUGACGCUAUCGGUCGAUAAGAUGGUUGCACGGGUUCUGAGACCAGCCUUAUCACGAGGAGCGAACGAGGAGGAGCCUCAACCCGAACCUACUCCAUCUGUAACCUCCUCUGUUGCCAAUGGCCCUCGUUCUGCAGGCUCAAAGCCAGAUAGUCUUAAUGCAUCAGGCUCUCAAGCUGACGCCGUCGAUAAAAAGGGGAAGGUCACCUGCGGUUAUUGCUCAAUGCCUCAUCAUUCAGAGGAUGGAUGCUUCUACAAGUACCCAGAGAGGACCAGCCCUGCAUGGCAGAAAGCUCACAAGAGCGGCAUUGAAUUCUUUAGGAAGAAAGCCGAAGGCCGAGAGCAGCCUGACUCGAAAGAGCUGCAGUCGGUCACCCAAGCUGUUAAAAAGAUCCAGAUCGCGCAAAAAACUCAGUCUGAAGCCGUGUCUGAAUCGAAAACAAAAACUCCAGCCAAGCCCGAGUCAGUGGCUGGGUCAAAGAUGGAGGCUAGACCUGAGCCCAGGCAAGAGCCAGUAAACACUCAACCACAGGUCAAGAGCCCGGAAAUUUACAGUGAGAAGCUCUCAUGCAACUAUUGUGGCCAAAAGGGCCACUCCGCUAACGGCUGUCCCUUCCAAUUCCCCGACCUGGAAACUGCCGAUUGGCGCCAGAAAAAUAAACACCUUAUCGAGUUCCACGCCAGGAAAGAUAAACUGCGAAAGAGAAAACUAGAACGUCUUAAAGCGAAGCAGGCCCUAGAAGGGAGUAAAUCAGAUACACCCUCCGCUCCCAAUGCUCCCCGUCCUGUGUCUCCCGAAAACCUGUUGAUUUUGGAUUUGUGA